AUGCUGAACAACUGUGGAGAGUCCAAGUGCAGGGGGUACGCGCAGCACCUGUGCGACCAGCAGGGGGAAAAGCGGACCAAGCAGAGGGACGCGAACGAGCAGUACUACCAAGUGGCGAGCAACCUGUUCGCCAGCGGGGAGGGCUCGGGGAGAAGGGAAGGGGGGGGAGAAGCCAGCCUGAUGAGCGGGAGCCCCAUGAUGAGUGGCAGCAUGCUGAGUGGCAGCAUGCUGAGCGGCGGCGGAGGAGGAAGCCCCCCGCAGAACGCCAGAAUACUCAAGCCGCUGGUCCAAGAAAAAGUAGUGGAAAUUAUGAAGCCAGAAAUUGAAGAAAAAAUAAUCGAAGUGCCACAAGUGCAGUACAUAGAAAAACUCGUAGAAGUCCCGCACGUCAUUCUGCAAGAAAAAUUAAUUCACGUGCCCAAGCCAGUCAUCCACGAGAGAAUCAAAAAAUGCCCAAAGACAAUUUUCCAGGAAAAGAUAGUGGAGGUCCCUCAAAUCAAAGUGGUAGACAAAAUAGUGGAAGUCCCUCAAUACGUAUACCAGGAGAAAAUCAUCCAAGUGCCAAAAAUCAUGGUGCAGGAGAGGAUCAUUCCAGUGCCCAAAAAAGUCAUUCAAGAAAAAAUCGUAGAAAUUCCACAAAUAGAAUUAAAAAAUAUAAACAUUGAAAAGGUUCAGGAAAUCCCAGAGUACAUCCCAGAGGUGGUGAAGAAAGAUAUCCCAUACACACAGAUUGUGGACCGACCUUUUCACGUUGAAAAAAUUGUGGAGGUUCCCCACGUUCAGCAUAUAUACAGAAAUAUUGUCUCCCCCCAGUACAGACACAUACCAAAACCUGUGGAAGUCCCCAUGGCACAUUAUAGGACCUUCCCUAUUGAAAAGCUAGUCGAUAGGAAUGUGCCAGUCCCGGUUGAACUCCAAAUCGUCCAAGAAUUUCUAUGCCCCAAAAUUGAAGCCAGAUAUAAAGAAAUUCCAGUCCCUGUACAUGUGCAACGCAUCAUUGAGCACCCCAUUCCGAAAGACGCCAUGAACAACCCAUUUCUUCUGCCCCUCUACUACCAGGAAGAUAACAUAGACACGGCAUCCACCAAGGGAAGCUCGAAGAAUUGCUUCUCCUUCAACUGGAACAAUAAGCAAAACGCUACGAAAAUUAACAAGGGCUCCAACCAACCAUCUGUCGAGCUGCUACUACAUAAUGAUAAGCAUCACAGUAAGGUCAACCCCAAUCAGGAUCAGCACAUGAGAGCCAAGUUUGUUUCUCCCUCUGAAAGUGUCCUCCACACUACACACUUGAGAGAUGAUGACCCCCUAAACGCUCAACCCACUUAUCAUUACCCAAAUGGAACGAUGCACAAUGGUGCUUCCAUUCACGGAAAUGCGGCCCUCAACCAGAUGUACAGAACGCAACAUGUCACCAGUCAGGCGGCCUACCCUUCCAACUUUAACACUGCCAUGCUCUCUCCUCAAGAUCAAAACGAUAUGUUUAACGGGAGCAACUCCAUGGGCUUUACCCACCCAUGUGACAGCGAACUCGGCGGUGCUUACCCCCCCAUUUCGGCCCUUGGCCAGGUCUCCCCGCACGGCGAGUUGAACUGAUCGCCCUGUAACUGCGUGCGCAUGUGCACAUGUACAGACAUAUGUGCGCAUAUUAUACCCCCGUAAGCACCUCCACACACACCCCUCCAACGGCGCCAUUUAGCAAAAAUGCACUGCUGAACUGGGGACCUACCCAUAACAGUUGGGAAUGUUCCGCGUGGGAGGUGGGUUUUCCCCCCAAGGGGGUGCGCUUUUGUCAGAAUUGUUUUGUUCCGCUUUGUUGUCCUUGUCCUGGCGGCUUCGUCUUGGCGGUUUUGCCCAGCCGCUCCUGUCCAACCGCUUUCCCCCUGCGCCAUUUGCUUUCUUUCCUUUUCCGUGCGCACACAUGUUCGCAUUUUUUCGUCCACUUUUUGGACACCAAGAACGUUUUAAUUAUUUCUGCGUGAGUCUCCGCCCCGUCCUUCUGCCCCCAACCGGGGAGGCCACUCUAUCGCGGAGAACCCCGCAGACCUCGUCAAACGCAGCUC